AUGGCAUGCUCCAAGCCCGCCGAGACUGAAUCAUUUGACACCAGUUCUCUGCACAGCGUGGCUCGACGUGCAGCCCGCCAGCUCCUUCGUUCUCCCACGCUCUUUGCCAUCGUCAAGGGCGCAUGUGUGACGUCCUCAGUCCAACCCCAUGGCAUCAGGGUGGUCGAGUUCGUCGCGACCAGCAGUCCAUGGCUGUCGGCUUCAACUUUAUUCCACCUAGGAUGCAGCAAAAAGCAAGAUUCACAAGUUCAUCUUCUGGAUGCUUUUCAGUACAUCUACUUCCCGUUGGAGCGCCCUGGCCGAUCACAGCCACCACCGCAGGCCGUUCAACGCCACCUCCGCAGGCGGUUCAUCGCAAAAACAGCGACCUGGAUCCCGCUGGUUCCCACCAGCAACGCCCGUUCGAGCACGUCGUCACUCUCCUGCUGCAGCGUGGCUCAGCUACUGCACUUGGUGGAGGGCGCGAUGGAGGUUGGUAACAGGGGCGAUUCGGCCAUGGAGUUGGAGGCGGAAGUGAGCCUGUUCGCGGCGGCGACCUCCGGUUCCCCGGUCCCCGGCGGCGUGGCUCAUCGGCCAGGCGGCUGGGCCUCAAGAACAGCAUCCAGACCAACUUCGGCGACGACUACGUCUUCCAGAUUGCUUCUUGCCAGGAGAUCUCAACGCUCGCAGUGUCCCUGUCAACAAACGCACUCAAGUUCUAUGCUCCAGCAACUGGACAGUAUUUGGGGGAAUGCACAGGCCAUACGGGGAGUAUCCAUGAGAUUGCCUUUUCAGCUCCGUCUUCGCUGCAAGUGAUAUGCUCUUGCUCUGGUGAUGGAACUAUCAGAGCCUGGGACACAAGGAGCUUCA